AUGGACGUGGAUAUGGAUGCUUCUCCCAGCUAUUUAGACCCAGAAGAUCUAAGUAGUAGAGAGCGCUUUCGUCGAUACGGGAAAAGGCAAUCUAAUUCAGGCCAAUCGCCACACCAAGAUAAUUCAGUCUCGAGAUUUAGUAAUGCAGUGCUUCUACUCGAAAAUAUCAAACAUGAGGUUGAGAGCCUCGACACAGAUCUUGGAGGAACUCCUUUUGAAUCUGCUUCAAAGAGGAGAGCGUCCCUUGACAAUCAUCCAGUAUCAGAGGCAGAUAUUGGUGUUGAUACAAUGCUAAGAUGGGGAAGUGAGUCUCUGAAGGUCGGCAAACAGGAAGAUGGUGCUGGAACUGAGAGUAGAGACACAACUUUCCAUUUAUUUGCUUCUCUACUGGAUUCUGCUCUUCAAGGGUUGAUGUCUAUCCCUGAUAUGAUAUUACGACUUGAGCGUACUUGCCGUGAUGCUUCAGAAGCAAUUAGAUUUGGCUCCACUGAAAGGUACAGAGUUGUUGAGGAUAAACUGAUGAGACAAAAAGCCCGGCUCUUGCUUGAUGAAGCUGCUUCGUGGUCUCUUCUGUGGUACCUAUAUGGGAAAGGAAAUAUAUCUAACCAUAAGGAUGUUAUGUAUUUUAUCCUGUUGACCAUCUGUUUACGCUUCUUAACUAAUUUCAGUUCUUGUAGAAACGAAGAACUUCAGGACGAUCUACUCCUGUUUCCAACAACUUCACAUUUGGAAGCCUGUCAAUUUGUUGCUUCAAAUCAUACAGCACAAUUGUGCCUUCGGAUUGUUCAAUGGCUUGAAGGAUUAGCCUCCAAAUCCCUUGACUUGGAUAAUAAGGUCCGUGGCUCUCAUGUGGGCACUUAUCUCCCUAGCUCUGGAGUUUGGCGUCAUACUCAACGAUACCUUAAGAAGGGUGCCUCCAUUCCAAGGACAGUUCAUCACUUGGAUUUUGAUGCCCCAACGCGCGAACACGCUCAACAACUACCUGAUGACAAAAAACAAGAUGAAUCUCUUCUAGAAGAUGUCUGGAUUCUGUUGAGGGCUGGAAGACUGGAAGAGGCAUGCAGUCUUUGCCGGUCUGCUGGACAGCCAUGGAGGGCUGCAACUCUAUGUCCCUUUGGGGGAUCCAAUCUGUUCCCAUCUAUUGAAGCCCUUGAGAAAAAUGGCAAGAACAGAAUGCUGCAGGCGAUUGAACUGGAAAGUGGAAUUGGUCACCAGUGGCAUCUUUGGAAAUGGGCUUCCUAUUGUGCAUCAGAAAAAAUUGCUGAGCAAGAUGGUGGGAAAUAUGAAGCAGCAGUAUAUGCUGCUCAGUGCAGUAACUUAAAACGCAUGCUUCCAGUUUGUACUGACUGGGAGUCUGCAUGCUGGGCAAUGGCCAAAUCGUGGCUUGAUGUCCAAGUUGAUAUUGUAAUAGCCCGCCUGCAACCAGGUAGAUCAGAUCAGUUCAACAGUUUUGAAGAAGCAAUUGAGAGAAGUGCUGAUCAAGGAGACGUUGCCUCUCAGCCAAUUCUUAGACCAGAUAGCUGGCCACUUCAAAUUCUGAAUCAUCAACCUAGACACCUUUCUUCCCUUCUUCAGAAGCUCCAUUCCAGUGACACAGUGUAUGAAGUUGUUGCUCAAGCAUGCAAGGAACAGCAUAGGCAAAUUGAGAUGAAUCUUAUGUUAGGAGACAUACCACAUUUGCUUGACCUAAUAUGGUCAUGGAUAUCACCUUCAGAAGAUGAUCAGAACAUUUUCAGGCCUCAUGGUGAUUCACAGAUGAUGCGUUUUGGGGCACAUUUAGUACUGGUUCUUAGAUAUUUACUUGCAGAUCAAAUGAUGGAUGCUUUCAGAGAGAAGAUAAUGACGGAUGGUGACUUCAUUCUUCAUAUGUACACGAUGUUCCUGUUCACAAAGAAUCGUGAGGAGUUGGUUGGGAUCUAUGCUUCUCAGCUUGCUCAUCAUCGUUGCAUUGAUCUUUUUGUCUAUAUGAUGGAGUUGAGGCUGAAUAGCAGUGGGCAUGUUAGAUACAAGAUCUUUCUUUCUGCUAUCGAGUAUCUGCCCUAUUCUCCUCAAGAUGAUUCAAAGGGCAGUUUUGAAGAAAUUAUUGAUAGGGUUUUAUCAAGAUCUCGAGAAAUUAGGGCUGGAAAGUAUGACGAGUCAUCUGACGUUGCAGAGCUGCAUCGUUUACAGAGCCUACAGAAAGCAAAGGUUAUUCAGUGGCUCUGCUUUACACCUCCCUCGACAAUUAAUGAUGCCAAGGCUGUUGCUGCUAAACUACUAAUGCGGGCAUUGAUGCACAGUAACAUACUGUUUCGGGAGUUUUCACUUUUAUCAAUGUGGAGAGUCCCAGCAAUGCCCAUUGGAGCACACACAUUGCUUAGUUCACUCGCUGAACCUUUGAAACAACCAAUGGAAAAUUUUCUUUCCACAGAGGAUCCUGACGUGGCUGAAAAUUUGAGGGAGUUUGAGGACUGGAGGGAGUACUACUCUUGUGAUGCAAAAUAUCGCAAUUGGCUAAAAAUUGAAUUAGAGAAUGCAGAGGUUUCACCGGAUGAACUUUCACCAGAAGAAAAACAGGGGGCAGUUAUGGCUGCCAGAGAAACACUUAUUUCUUCACUUUUAUUGUUACAGAGAAGAGAAAAUCCUUGGUUGUUCCCUACCCAAGAUCAUAUUUAUGAAUCAAAGGAGCCUGUGUUCUUGGAGCUGCAUGCUACAACCAUGCUGUCUCGACCUUCUGGUGAGUGUAUGCCACCUGAUGCUACCUUGUGCACGACAUUGACCAGUGCCCUCUUCUCGGUAGUGAGUGAGGAAGAAAUUCUACAUAGACAAUUAAUGGUGAAUGUUUCUAUCUCACCCAGUGACAACUACUGCAUUGAGGUUGUACUUCGCUGCUUGGCGGUUGAAGGUGAUGGACUCGGUCCACAUGAAGUCCACGAUGGUGGUAUUCUUGCUAAUGUCAUCGCAGCUGGCUUCAAAGGGGAACUUUUUCGAUUUCAAGCUGGAGUGACAAUGGAGAUCUCUCGCUUAGAUGACUGGUAUUCAAGCAGUGAUGGUUCCUUGGAAGGCCCAGCAACUUAUAUAGUUCGGGGCGUUUGUCGUAGGUGUUGCAUACCGGAAACGGUUCUUCGAUGCAUGCAGGUCUCUGUUUCACUUAUGGAGUCUGGCAAUCCACCUGAUAUCCAUCACGAGUUCAUUGAACUAAUUACAAGUCCUGAGACUGAUUUUCUUCAUUUAUUCAGCCAGCACCAAUUGCAGGAAUUUUUAUUAUUUGAGAGGGAGUACUCAAUACUAGAGAUGGAGCACAAGGAGUCCAUUUCUUGA